CCCGCGUCGACCGCGCACCGCGGCGGCCGUGCAGGCGCGCACAACCAACGCCACGCCACGAAAACAGACCGGCCGACACAUGGAGGCACCAUGGCGCUCCCCGCAUCUCCUCGGCCUCGUGCUCGCACUACUUCCCAGCUGCUGCCUCCUGCCCCGCGCGGCCGCGCAGGACGACGCGCGGCUGCUGCUCGAGAUCAAGCGCGCGUGGGGCGACCCGCCCGUGCUGGCCGGGUGGAACGCCUCGGCCGCGGGCGCGCACUGCGCGUGGCCGUACGUGGCGUGCGACACGGCCGGGCGUGUCGUGAACCUGACACUCGCCAGCGCCAACGUCGCGGGGCCCUUCCCGGACGCCGUCGGCGGCCUCACCGGCCUCACGUACCUCGACGUCUCUAGCAACAACAUCACCGGCGUGUUCCCCACCGCGCUCUACCGCUGCUCUGCGCUUCAGUACCUCGACCUGUCCUGGAACCAUCUUGGCGGAGAGCUCCCCGCGGACACCGGCUCCCGCCUGGGGGCGAACCUGACCACGCUGGUGCUCAGCGGAAACAGGUUCAACGGCACAAUCCCAGCGUCGCUCUCCAGCCUCCGGAAUCUCCAGAAUCUCAAGCUGGACGACAACAAACUCAUUGGCACCGUCCCAGCGGAGCUCGGCAAGCUGACGAGGCUUCAGACGCUAUGGUUGGCGUACAACCCGUUCGACGCGGGGGACCUGCCGGCCUCAUUUAAGAACCUGACCAACAUGACUAGUCUCUGGGCAGCGCAGUGCAAGCUCGUCGGCGACUUCCCGAGGUUUGUCGCGGACAUGCCGGAGUUGGAGGUGCUGGACCUGUCCAUCAACACGCUGACCGGAAGCAUACCUCCGUGGGUUUGGAGCCUCAAGAAAUUGCAAUCCUUUGCAGUUUACAGGAACAACCUCACCGGCGACUUGGUGGUUAAUGACUUCGCCGCGAUGGGCUUAACAUUAAUCGAUGUUUCAGAGAAUUAUAAGCUUACUGGAGUUAUCCCGGAAGUCUUUGGGCACUUGGAGAACCUCACAAGAUUGUCCCUCUUCAGGAACAACUUCUCCGGCGAGAUACCUGCCAGCAUCGGCCGGCUGCCAUCAUUAUCGGUAUUGAGGCUUUAUAGUAACAGGUUUACUGGUAUUCUCCCGCCAGAACUUGGGAAGCACUCGACCUUUACUUAUAUGGAGGCUGACGACAAUGAGCUCAUUGGCACAAUUCCAGAAGGGCUAUGUGCCAGAGGCCAGUUCAUGACGCUCACUGCCAAGGGCAACCACUUGAACGGAUCCAUCCCGGAAGCCCUGGCCAACUGCACCAGUCUGCGCAGCCUGCAGCUAGACAGUAACCAGCUCUCUGGCGAGGUGCCCCAGGCUCUAUGGACGAUAGGGAUUAAAACCUUGUUCCUACGGAAUAACAGGCUCACCGGAAGACUCCCCGCCACGAUGGAUAGCAACCUUACAACGUUGCACAUUGAGAACAAUCAGCUCUUUGGCAGCAUCCCGGCGACAGCUGCUGCUUCUUCCGGAGGCGUCUCGCACGCACUCCGUACCGGCCUCCUCGUUGCCGGAACCGUUUUCCUCCUUAUCGCCGCGGCCAUCUCCUUCUUCGCCGUCCUCGUCAUGAAGAGACGGCGCCGCGUCGCGGAGCAAGACGACUGGAAGAUCACGCCUUUCGUCAAAGAUCUCGGCUUCGGGGAGGCGUCCAUCCUCCGGGGCCUGACGGAGGAGAACCUCAUCGGCCGCGGCGGGUCGGGCCGGGUGUACCGCGUCGCCUACACCCACCGGCGAAGCGGGAACGCCGGUACGGUGGCCGUGAAGCACAUACGGACCGCCGGCACGCUCGACGAGAACCUGGAGCGCGAGUUCGAGUCGGAGGCGAGCAUCCUCGGCAGCGUCCGGCACAACAACAUCGUGAGGCUGCUCUGCUGCCUCACUGGCACCGAGGCCAGGCUCCUCGUGUACGACUACAUGGACAACGGCAGCCUGGACAAAUGGCUCCACGGCGAAGGCCCUGGCGCCGUCGGCGGGCACCUCACGGCGAGGGCGCGGCGCGCGCCGAUGGACUGGCCGACGAGGCUCGGGGUGGCCGUCGGCGCCGCGCAGGGGCUGUGCUACAUGCACCACGAGUGCGAGCCGCCGGUCGUCCACCGGGACGUCAAGACGAGCAACAUCCUGCUGGACUCGGAGUUCCGGGCCAAGGUCGCCGACUUCGGGCUGGCCAGGAUGCUAGCGCAGGACGGGGCGCCCGAGACGAUGUCCGCCGUCGCCGGGUCGUUCGGCUACAUGCCUCCGGAGUGUGCUUACACCAAGAAAGUGAGCGAGAAGGUAGACGUCUACAGCUUCGGCGUCGUGCUCCUGGAGCUGACCACCGGCAAAGAGGCCAACGACGGCGGCGACCACGGCAGCCUGGCGGAAUGGGCACGGCAUCACUACCGAUCUGGAGGGAGCAUCCCCGAUGCCACGGACAGGAGCAUCAGGUACGCAGAGUACUCUGAGGAGGUCGAGGUCGUCUUCAGGUUAGGCGUGGCGUGCACCGGAGACUUGCCGUCGUCGCGGCCAGCCAUGAAGGACGUGCUGCAGAGCUUGCUUAAAUGCAGCGACCAGACGCACCAGAAGAGCAAAACGGAGCGUGAACUGGAGUACGAAGAGGCUCCACUCCUGGUGCCGCAGCGAGGCAGUCGCCGGAAACAGCUCUCGAACGGCACUGGAAUUGACAUCGAAGAGAAGAGCGACUUCGACAGCAUUAUCUGAAGAUCCGAGUAUUGCGCGUCCCAGAAAACAAGUCAGGACAGCGUCAGUCAACACCUAUAUAAUGGUACUUCCGUCGGUACAUUUCAGCACAGUACAGCAGAUAAUUAUGCACCACGACUCACUACCAGUCACCAUGACCUUGACUCUACUAGGUAAUAU